UCACUGGUUUGAUGGGCGGGUGUGACUGGGAGUUCUCCAGGACUGUCAUGGUUCUCUCAUAGCUAUCUCCAGAGUUGGGGUUUCCUUGAGAUUUCUGUUUUUCAGUUUGGAGUCUGUCUCUGAGAUGGAUCUCUGUGGGGUCUUUCUCAGGACUGAGUUUCCGUUUUGUUAUUUGUUUGGGGGUUUCUGGUUUUCCGGGUCUGAAGUUGCUCUUUUAGAGGUCUUUCAAACUCUAUGAGUUUGGGGUCUCCUUAGUUUUCCAUCUCUGGGCUAAUUUCUGUGUCAGAGUUAUCAGUCUCUGAGUCUGCAGUUUCUUGUCUCUGAUAUAAAUCUGGGGUCUUUGAGCUCCCUCUGGGUGAGUUCUUUAAGACCUAAUUCUGGGUCUGGGUUCUUUGCCAAUCUGGGGUCUCAGAUCUUUUUCUUUGAGUCCUGGUCUCAGGUCUUGGUUCUUGACAUCACCGUCUCAGAGUCUAUAGUCUGAGAUUUCUGUGGCUGUGGAAGAACCUUUUUGAGGUUGGACUCUCAGGUUUUGAUCUUUGAUCUCUCUAGGGAGUCCAGAGGGUCUUUUCUAAAAUCAGGGGUCUCUUUUCUUCUAGAUUACGGGUCUGUGCCUCAGAUUAACCCUCUACCCUCUGCCCAAGGGGAGCCGAGGUCUUAGAUCCCGCCCCUCUCAGUGUGAGUUAUCUUUGUUUUGUGGGUCUGGGGUCUCUCAGACUCAGGGUUUGGGGUCUGCAUCUUCGGAACAGCUCUCCCUGUCUGGAGUGGUUUCUAUUGAGGGGUCUCUUUCUCCAGGGCUCCCUCAGUAGAGGUGGGGGCUGCAGAGUUUCUCCCUCCUCCUCCUCCUCUCUCCUCUCUCGCUCGCUCCCCCGCCCCCCUCUCUCUCUCCCUCUCCGCUGUCGCUGCUGCCGUUGGCUCCCAUUCUCCUCCUCCUCCUCCUCUCUCCUCCUCUCUGCUCCUCUCUGCUCCUCUCUCCUCCUCUCUCCUCCUCCUCCUCCACCUCCUCCUCCUUCUCCCCCUCUCUCCCCCUCUUUCUCUCUUCUCUUUCUCCCCCGUCUCCCCCCCGCCCCCUCCCACUCAGGCCUGAUGAGCAGGUCUCGCGCCUCCAUCCAUCGGGGGAGCAUCCCCGCGAUGUCCUAUGCCCCCUUCAGAGAUGUACGGGGACCCCCUAUGCACCGAACCCAAUACGUUCAUUCCCCGUAUGAUCGUCCUGGUUGGAACCCUCGGUUCUGCAUCAUCUCGGGGAACCAGCUGCUCAUGCUGGAUGAGGAUGAGAUACACCCCCUUCUGAUCCGGGACCGGAGGAGCGAGUCCAGUCGCAACAAACUCCUGAGACGCACAGUCUCCGUGCCGGUGGAGGGGCGGCCCCACGGCGAGCAUGAAUACCACUUGGGUCGCUCGAGGAGGAAGAGCGUCCCAGGGGGAAAGCAGUACAGCAUGGAGGCCGCCCCCGCUGCACCCUUCCGGCCCUCGCAAGGCUUCCUGAGCCGCCGGCUAAAAAGCUCCAUCAAACGGACCAAGUCACAACCCAAACUUGACCGGACCAGCAGCUUUCGCCAGAUCCUGCCUCGCUUCCGAAGUGCUGACCAUGACCGGGCCCGGCUGAUGCAGAGUUUUAAGGAGUCGCACUCCCAUGAGUCCUUGCUGAGUCCUAGCAGUGCGGCUGAGGCCCUGGAACUCAACUUGGAUGAGGAUUCCAUUAUCAAGCCAGUGCACAGCUCCAUCUUGGGCCAGGAGUUCUGUUUUGAGGUAACAACAUCAUCAGGAACAAAAUGUUUUGCCUGUCGGUCUGCGGCCGAAAGGGACAAAUGGAUCGAGAAUCUGCAGAGGGCAGUAAAACCCAACAAGGACAACAGCCGCCGGGUAGACAACGUGCUAAAGCUGUGGAUCAUAGAGGCCCGGGAGCUGCCCCCCAAGAAGCGGUACUACUGUGAGCUCUGCCUGGAUGACAUGCUGUAUGCACGCACCACCUCCAAGCCCCGCUCGGCCUCGGGGGACACCGUCUUCUGGGGGGAACACUUCGAGUUUAACAACCUGCCGGCUGUCCGUGCCCUGCGGCUGCAUCUGUACCGUGACUCGGACAAAAAGCGCAAGAAGGACAAGGCAGGCUAUGUUGGCCUGGUGACUGUGCCUGUGGCCACCCUGGCUGGGCGCCACUUCACGGAGCAGUGGUACCCUGUAACCCUGCCAACUGGCAGUGGGGGCUCUGGGGGUAUGGGGGGCUCAGGAGGAGGAGGGGGGUCGGGGGGAGGCUCAGGGGGCAAGGGCAAAGGAGGUUGCCCAGCUGUGCGACUGAAAGCACGUUACCAGACAAUGAGCAUCCUGCCCAUGGAGCUAUAUAAGGAAUUUGCGGAAUAUGUCACCAACCAUUAUCGGAUGCUGUGUGCAGUGCUGGAGCCUGCCCUGAAUGUCAAGGGCAAGGAGGAGGUUGCCAGUGCCCUGGUUCACAUCCUGCAGAGCACGGGCAAGGCCAAGGACUUCCUUUCAGACAUGGCCAUGUCUGAGGUGGACCGGUUCAUGGAGCGGGAGCACCUCAUAUUCCGCGAGAACACGCUCGCCACUAAAGCCAUAGAAGAGUACAUGAGACUGAUUGGUCAGAAAUACCUCAAGGAUGCCAUUGGGGAGUUCAUCCGUGCUCUGUAUGAGUCCGAGGAAAACUGUGAGGUGGACCCCAUCAAGUGCACAGCGUCCAGUCUGGCAGAGCACCAGGCCAACCUGCGAAUGUGCUGUGAGUUGGCCCUGUGCAAAGUGGUCAACUCCCAUUGCGUGUUCCCGAGGGAGCUGAAAGAGGUGUUUGCAUCUUGGAGACUGCGCUGCGCAGAGCGGGGCCGGGAGGACAUUGCUGACAGGCUGAUCAGCGCCUCACUCUUCCUGCGUUUCCUCUGCCCAGCCAUUAUGUCGCCCAGUCUUUUUGGGCUCAUGCAGGAAUACCCAGAUGAGCAGACCUCACGAACUCUGACACUCAUCGCCAAGGUCAUCCAGAAUCUGGCCAACUUUUCCAAGUUUACCUCAAAGGAGGACUUUCUGGGAUUCAUGAAUGAGUUUCUGGAGCUGGAGUGGGGUUCCAUGCAGCAGUUCCUGUAUGAGAUCUCCAACCUGGACACGCUGACCAACAGCAGCAGCUUUGAGGGUUACAUCGACUUGGGCCGAGAGCUGUCCACACUGCAUGCCCUGCUCUGGGAGGUGCUGCCUCAGCUCAGCAAGGAAGCCCUCCUGAAGCUGGGCCCACUGCCCCGGCUCCUCAACGACAUCAGCACGGCUCUGAGGAACCCCAACAUCCAAAGGCAGCCGAGCCGCCAGAGCGAGCGGCCCCGGCCUCAGCCUGUGGUGCUGCGGGGGCCAUCGGCCGAGAUGCAGGGCUACAUGAUGCGGGACCUCAACAGCUCUAUGGAUAUGGCUCGCCUCCCUUCCCCAACCAAGGACAAGCCACCCCCACCGCCACCUGGCGGGGGUAAAGACCUGUUCUACGUGAGCCGCCCACCCUUGGCCCGUUCCUCACCAGCAUACUGCACAAGCAGCUCGGACAUCACAGAGCCGGAACAGAAGAUGCUGAGUGUCAACAAGAGCGUGUCCAUGCUGGACCUGCAGGGCGACGGGCCCGGUGGCCGCCUCAACAGCAGCAGUGUUUCCAACCUGGCAGCUGUCGGGGACCUGCUGCACUCGAGCCAGGCCUCACUGACAGCAGCCUUGGGGCUGCGGCCUGCACCCGCUGGACGCCUCUCCCAGGGGAGUGGCUCGUCCAUCACGGCAGCUGGCAUGCGCCUCAGCCAGAUGGGCGUCACCACGGAUGGUGUCCCUGCCCAGCAACUGCGCAUCCCCCUCUCCUUCCAGAACCCUCUCUUCCACAUGGCUGCCGAUGGGCCAGGUCCCCCAGGGGGCCAUGGAGGAGGUGGUGGCCACGGCCCACCCUCCUCCCAUCACCACCAUCACCACCAUCACCACCACCGAGGUGGAGAGCCCCCUGGGGACACCUUCGCCCCAUUCCAUGGCUAUAGCAAGAGUGAGGACCUCUCCUCAGGGGUCCCUAAGCCCCCUGCUGCCUCCAUCCUUCACAGCCACAGCUACAGCGACGAGUUUGGACCCUCUGGCACUGACUUCACCCGUCGGCAGCUCUCACUCCAGGACAACCUGCAGCACAUGCUGUCCCCUCCCCAGAUCACCAUUGGUCCCCAAAGGCCAGCUCCCUCAGGGCCUGGAGGUGGGAGCGGUGGUGGGGGCAGCAGCGGGGGUGGCGGGGGCCAGCCGCCUCCCUUGCAGAGGGGCAAGUCUCAGCAGUUGACAGUCAGCGCUGCCCAGAAACCCCGGCCAUCCAGUGGGAAUCUAUUGCAGUCACCAGAGCCAAGCUAUGGCCCCACCCGUCCACGGCAACAGAGCCUCAGCAAGGAGGGCAGCAUUGGGGGCAGCGGGGGCAGCGGUGGCGGAGGAGGGGGUGGGGGGCUCAAGCCCUCCAUCACCAAGCAGCAUUCUCAGACACCAUCCACAUUGAACCCCACAAUGCCAGCCUCUGAACGGACAGUGGCCUGGGUCUCCAAUAUGCCUCACCUGUCGGCUGACAUCGAGAGUGCCCACAUUGAGCGGGAAGAGUACAAACUCAAGGAGUACUCUAAAUCAAUGGACGAGAGCCGGCUGGACAGGGAGUACGAGGAAGAGAUCCACUCACUGAAGGAACGGCUGCACAUGUCCAACCGGAAGCUGGAAGAGUAUGAGCGGAGGCUGCUGUCCCAGGAAGAGCAGACCAGCAAAAUCCUGAUGCAGUAUCAGGCCCGACUGGAGCAGAGUGAGAAGAGGCUGAGGCAGCAGCAGGUGGAGAAGGACUCGCAGAUCAAGAGCAUCAUUGGCAGGCUGAUGCUGGUGGAGGAGGAGCUGCGCCGGGACCACCCCACCAUGGCUGAGCCACUGCCUGAACCCAAGAAGAGGCUGCUCGACGCUCAGGUGGAAAUUACAAUGUCAUUUAUCUUCUCCGUGUCCCAUCCCCAUCCAUCCCACUGUCCUUUGUGCACUCACUGCACCGACCACCCAGCCCCAUUGCCACCUGUCUCUCCUGUUGUCCUCCAUUAGUCUGCUGGCUGCUCCCAGCAACCCCCCAGUGACCCCAUCUUCAUCCCAUCGUCUGCGCCUUUGUCACUCCUGGCAGUGUCAGCCACACCCUUUCUGCCUUCCCACCCUGUCUUCCCCACACCUUUCUGCAUCUCCUCAGUACCUUCUACUAGAUUCCCCACUCUUGGAGCCCCCAUACCACCAUGCAGUGCCUUGAACCCCAAGGAGUGCAGCUUCCUCUGAGCUCUCGGACCAGAGGGGCUAGAAGCUGCAGUUUGCUAGACUAGAGCACAGGGUAAUAUGAGCUGUGGUUUCCCCAGGCUCUGGAAGGUGCCCUGGGGACUUGGGGUCCCCUUUGCCACUGUUCUCUUGGCUCCCCAAUUUUCCUGACCCUUGGCAGCUCCUAUAUAGCUUCCUCCAUCUGACUCUUUAGAUCUUGCCUCCAAGGUCAGCUAUUUCUUCACUGUUUAAGUAUGGCCUUCCUACCCCUCAGGACUGCACACCUGACUAGCUUUCCAGCUCUCACUGCACUCCCUGUCCUCACCAGUCAGCUUUCAGGGCUUUCCUUGCAAUGCUACCCCUUGCUUUCCCAAAAUUCUGCUCACUUUCCCACCCAUGCUCCUCCUUCCUCUGCUCUGACCGCCAGGCUGCCCCCAAGCAUCACCGCCGAGGUUCCUGACCCCAUGACCCCACUCUCUCCCCCUGCAGCUCCUCAUCAGGUAAUUCUCCUGGUUCCGCUUUGACCACGGGCGGAGGACACAGGGGGAGGUGACUCCGGACCACUGCAGGUUGGUCGUGAAGCCCACUCCCCUCCGACCCUCCGGAGCCUCUCCUCUCUCACCACUGCCCUCCACACCCAGAGAACCUCCACAGACCCUACUCUCCUGACACCUUUGCACAGAUCUAUCUCCCAAGGCACCACCCAAAGAGAGUGCUUCCUGUUGCCUUCCAGAACUGUUCCGAAAUACCUUACCAAUACGCAGAAGCAUUUUAUCCUAGGCUCAGCACAGUCACAGACCACACCCCUAAACACUCCAUCCUACAAAGCCACCUCCCACAGCCUCCUCCUGACUCUAAACUCUCCUCUUCCUCGACCUCUCCAGUGUACGUCUGUCACCCCCCAUUUCACCAGAGCGUCCUUGGGGGUUGUGGCGUUGGAGGUGGGGUGGAGGUGAUGAUGGGUUGGGGAACCCUGGCUAUAGGGGCUGUGCCGACUGCAGCAGGUAGGUUGGGGUUUCCUCUUCCUUCCCUAACCUUGGUUAUCUACCCCUUCUUUCUGCCCCUCACCUACUUCUCUCUCUUCUUCCUUCCCUACAACUCUGAGGUAGAAGGCAUCUGGGGCACCUAUUAGCCCUCAUUGGGCAGGAGUUAGGAAUGGGUGGUUAACUCAGGGAGACUUUGGAGGGCCCUGGAAAUAAUGCUGUUCAGAUGUCCUGAUGGUAGAACAAGGAGAACCUAAUGGGUGGAAGGAGAAUGGGCAAGAAAGGAACCUUGGACAGAUGUUAGGAUGUGGGCUUGCCCGUGAGGACUUGACCGUGUGGCGUGGGAGUUGGCUGUGGGGUGAGACGUCUUCUUUCUAUGAUAAGAUCAUGGGCUUAGUAGCCAUGUUGAUUCCCAGGCAGAGAUGCCAGGAACAGCGUGUUAAAUAACCUCUCUAUUCUCCUCAGAACUCACAGCCCCAAGGGGUUGCUAAUGCUACUCACUCCUCCUCUCCUGCCACCCAGUGGCCUUGCCGGACACAUAUUCCUACCUAAAAAGCCUGUAAAUGGGAACCUGUUAGGGACUGACAUCAUUUCCAAGAUGCUUUAUUUUCUGUGGGAUUGAUCUGCAGUGGGCAGUGUGGCUCCUCACACUGUAAUUUUAACUCUCUGCCUGCCCAGCCUUUCUGUCAGAGUAGUUAGUGAUCUGUCAACAGAUGCUAAAAGGCACCAGGGGACCUCACCAUUUAAAGGACUCCUGCAGUGAAUUCUUUUGUAAAAUGAAUAAUGGCACCCUAAUUUAUCUACUUUCUAAAUUUGGGUCCACGGGGGUGUAGGGGGCAUGCCUAAGUGCUGUCGCCAGCAGAUGAGCAGAGAGAAGGGAAUCUGAGGUUUCCUUCCUUGCUCUCCCGCCAUCUCAGGAUACCCUAGCAUACGUAAUUUCCUCUCGCUGACUUGGAGAAAGUGUGUGAUACACCCAGCCAGCUAAGAGGGCAGCUUUGCUCAAGGCUGGGGUUUUGGUGACUGAGAGUUGAGCUCUUUGAUCCUGGGAUGGAAGGGAGAGCUGCUCAUCUGGGAGCCUUUACUUGGAAUGUUUUUGUAUUCUUGGAGGAUAUGGUCAGGCAUAGCUACUUUGCCAGGCCUAAAUGCCCUGUGGCCCUGGAAACAAUUUGGACAUUUGUUUGAAACCACUUCUGGGUAUCAGUCCCUGUGUGACUUGGCUAUUAAAAAAUUAAAAAAAAAAAAAAUUUCUAUUGUGCUUUAGAUGAAAGUAUUAAAAUUAAUUUUGACUCUGUAUUUUAAAAAACCCGAGUGAGUGACCCAGAAGUACAGAUGGCUUUCCUUCUCUCUCUCAGCUGAGGGUAGGAAGCAAGAAUUGGUCCAGGAUUAGUAGGAGGAGAUGAGAAUAGGACCAGAGGUGGGAGUGAGUAGGGUCUGGUACCUCUCACUCUCUAGCUGGGAUCCCAGGGAGAGGGAUUAAAAAGAAGAUGGGGGUGGAAAGGAAUGGAGCCAGUUUCUGCUUCCUGGGGAUGCAGAGAUUGGGGCAUGCUGUGUCUCUGCAGAAGCUUCUAGUCGUUUUUUGCCAGAAGUGUGAGAGAGGCAAUCCCUCCCACAUUUUUCCCUUUCCAAAUCACUUCCCUGAAUCCCCUUCCUUUCCCCCCAGUACAGUUAAACCUCUCUAAUUUGGAAUGUUAUAUUUGAGAAGAUGGCCACUCUGAAUAAGUGACAAAACUGAAUGACAGUGUCUAUUUAAUGAAAUGCAUGUCUUCAAAAUACAUACAGUAAGUAGAACUUGAUGAACAAGGCUUUUUCCACUCGAGGCCCUCAGGGAGCAUGCGUUAAUGAAUAGAUAGGAUUGAAAAGUCUGUUUUCUGGUAUAGGUUAAAUAUUCCCUCCUACAGAUGCAUUUCCACCAUUAAUUUGCUUAGCACACCCUUUCUUCAGAGAUAAAGGAAAACUCAAGCCCAGUUUCUGUUCAGAUUAUGACAAAAAUUCCAAAUCCAUGGGGGUUUGGAUUAAUGAGGUUUUGCUGUACUGCCUCCCCUUGUUCCCUCAACACAAAAUUCCUACCUCGGGUUGCGGGGUGGGCUGGGAGGCGGGUCCC